UUCAAACAAUCAUUUUGUGUUGUAUCGUUGUAACCAAAGGGCGCUUUUAAAAGGUUUUGUAAUUAUUUGAAGUUUGUUUGAUGUUAUUGAUUUUUUCGCAUAAGUUAUUGGUAAUAAAAUCAACUUGAUGGCAUCAGUAUGUAUUGGCUUACUACUAAUACUUACACUGCCAGAUGGCCUCUUGAGUGAUACUUGCAUGGAUGUAGGAAUGAAAAACUUUAUUACAGGAAACCUUCAUUUUCAAAAAAUUGUGCAGCUUCCUCCUCCUAAACCAAGACCAGAACAGGAACUUAAAUAUGUGUUUGUUCUUGUGAAGCAUGCCAUGGCAGUGCCUGAGUAUGAUAAAGAAAAGACUUUCCCAGGAGACAAAAACUAUCAAAAACAUUGGGUUAAAGACAGUCCUACGACACACGGACGAGCACUAAUGUUAAUGAUUGGAAGGUCUUUAAAUACGAGAUAUAAACGCUUCAUUAAAAACCAUGUACCGAAUUGGGAAGGAAUAAAGGUUUCAUGCAUAAACAAAGAUUAUGUAAAAACAUUGACAGGUGAUAUGGUAUAUGGUCUUCUUAAACAGUCAAAAUUCUUGAAUGAGCUGAAAACUGAUUUGUCCUGGGUGGAGACACAAGAAGAUUUUGACAAAAUACAAAAAACACUGAGCUCUGGCAAAUGCAGAUGGAUGAAUUUCUUAAAGGAACAGUUUUACGAAGAUGACCAAGUUGGCCCCAAACAUUUCACAAGGUGUUCUGAGGGUUUGUACACUCUGCUACAGGGGUUCAUAAAAAACGAAGACAAUCUAUCAGAGAACGAAGAAGGUUUUGAGUGGGUGAUGAAUAACCCGGAGCAGAUCUACAAACUGUGGUCAAUGCUUGUGUUUCAGAUAUUACAAGGUCAAAAGGAGCCGGAGUGGGCAAAAGAUAACUGGACAUGGAUACAGAGUUGUGUGUUUGAAAAUUACAGAAAAUUUCUAACUUAUCACCCAGCGAUACCUGCCAUGUUAUCAGGCAGGAUGAUUCAGCAGAUGGAGGAGGAGACAAGCAUAGACAGACAAGUCUUGUUCCAUGUUCACGUAACCUCUGACAUUGCGCUAUUGAACAUGAACUGGACACUACCCUUCACCACACAUUCACACUGGCCAGACCCUGGGGAUGCUUUGAUAUAUGAGUUCUACACUGAAGACAAGGUUGAAGUGAGUAAAGAUUCACAAACCUAA